GGAAGGCGGGUGCGCGCAAGCUCGCUGGCUGGCUGCCUUUCCGCGGCUGCUCUUCUUCUGAGCGGAUAGAGAGAGAGAGAGAGAGGAAGCCAAGGCAGAAGAGGGAGCGCGAUCGGUGGAGGCGGCCAGCGGAGUUGUGGGCAGCCAGCGGGGCGCAUGGAGCCGUGGAAGCAGUGCGCCCACUGGCUCAUCCAGUGCCGGGUGCUGCCCCCGAACCACCGGGUGACCUGGGAGGCGGCGCAGGUGUUCGACCUGGCCCAGACCCUCCGCGAUGGCGUCCUGCUCUGCCAGCUCCUCAACAACCUGCGCCCGCGCUCCAUCAACCUCAAGGAGAUCAACCUGAGGCCGCAGAUGUCCCAGUUUCUCUGUUUGAAGAAUAUCAGAACAUUCCUUUCAGCCUGUUGUGAAACGUUUGGGAUGAAGAAGAGUGAACUUUUUGAAGCAUUUGACCUGUUUGAUGUUCGCGAUUUUGGAAAGGUUAUAGAAACAUUAUCCAAGCUUUCUCGCACAUCUGUUGCAUUAGCCACUGGAAUAAGGCCGUUUCCUACAGAAGAGAGUGUGAAUGAUGAAGACAUAUACAAAGGUCUCCCAGAUUUACUAGAUGAAACUGGUGUAGAUGAAGAUGAAGAUCUUUAUGAUUGUGUUUAUGGGGAAGAUGAAGGCGGAGAAGUUUAUGAAGACCUAAUGAAAGCAGAAGCUGCCCAUCAGCCUAAAUGUCCUGAAAAUGACAUAAGAAGCUGCUGCCUUUCUGAAAUAAAACAGACUGAAGAGAAGUACACCGAAACAUUAGAAUCUAUUGAAAAGUUUUUUAUGGUUCCACUAAAGAGGUUUCUCACAACAUCAGAAUUUGAGACAGUGUUCAUCAACAUUCCCGAUUUGGUGAAAAUUCAUAGAAAUUUAACACAUGACAUUCAUGAGGCCAUUGGAAACAAAAGUGACCAGAACCUGUAUCAAGUUUUUAUUUGCUAUAAAGAAAGAUUGGUUAUUUAUGGGCUAUACUGCAGCCAAGUAGAGAUGGCCAUAUCUUGUUUAGACAAUAUCUCCAAGACAAAAGAAGAUGUUAAGCUGAAACUAGAGGAAUGUUCCAAAAGAGCAAAUAAUGGAAAGUUUACACUGAGGGAUCUUCUUGUAGUUCCAAUGCAGCGAGUCCUGAAAUACCAUCUACUCCUUCAGGAGCUGGUAAAACACACUAGUGACCUUACUGAGAAGGCAAAUCUGAAACUUGCACUAGAUGCUAUGAAGGAUCUUGCACAGUAUGUAAAUGAAGUGAAGAGAGACAACGAAACUCUCCGUGAAAUUAGACAGUUUCAAUCCUCAAUAGAGAAUAUGAACCAGUCGCUUUUACUCUAUGGAAGACCACAGGGUGAUGGGGAAAUAAGGAUAACAACUUUGGACAAACGGGCGAGGCAAGAUAGGCAUAUCUUUCUCUUUGACCUGGCUGUAAUUGUUUGCAAACGGCGGGGUGAUAAUUAUGAAAUGAAAGACAUCAUUGAUCUUCAGGAAUACAAAAUAACCAACAAUCCCACCACAGAUAAAGAGAAUAAAAAGUGGUCUUAUGGCUUCUACCUCAUCCACAUACAAGGACAAAAUGGGCUGGAACUGUACUGCAAAACAAAAGACCUGAAGAAAAAGUGGCUCGAGCAAUUUGAAAUGGCACUAUCCAACAUAAGGCCACAUUAUUCUGAAACAAGUACCCAUGACUUCAAAAUGCAUACUUUUACUCGUGUCACAUCCUGCAAAGUCUGUCAGAUGCUUCUGAGGGGAACAUUCUAUCAAGGCUAUUUAUGUUCAAAAUGUGGAGCUGGAGUCCACAAAGAAUGUCUGGGAAGACUAGAGCAUUGUGGCAGGGCUAAUUUCGGUGAACACGGGACCCUGAAGCAUGAGAAACGACCGAAUGGACUUCGAAAGAGCUCUAGGCACAUGGAUCCAGGUUUACCAAAAAUGCAAGUAAUUAGACACUAUAAUGGGGUACCACAACCAAGUCCACACGAUGGCCCUCCGCUACAUAUCCAGGUUGGAGACAUCAUUGAACUCAUCAAAGGAGAUGCACACAGCUUAUUUUGGCAGGGUAGAAAUUUGGUGACCCGGGAGCUUGGUUUCUUUCCAAGUGAUGCUGUAAAACCUUGCCCAUGCGUUCCUAAACCUGUGGACUACUCUUCCCAAACAUGGUAUGCAGGAACAAUGGAAAGGCUUCAAGCAGAAACUGAACUUAUUAACCGGGUAAAUAGCACGUAUUUAGUGCGUUGUAGAACAAAAGAAUCAGGAGAAUACGCCAUUAGCAUUAAGUACAAUAACGAAGUGAAGCACAUCAAGAUUUUCACAAGAGAAUGCUUUUUUCACAUUGCAGAAAAUAGGAAAUUUAGAAGUUUAAUGGAACUUGUGGAGUAUUACAAACAUCAUUCCCUUAAAGAAGGCUUCAGAAGUUUGGAUACAACUCUUCAAUACCCAUACAAAGAAUGUGAAAAUUUGCUUGACCAAAGGAGUAACAGAGCAAGCACCAACUCCCCUUCUUUGUUCUGUGGGUUUUCUUUUGUAACUUCUCCAGACUACAGCUUUGUUCCCCCUUCCUCCACUCCUUUCUGGUCAGUGCUGAGUCCCAAGGUCCUUGGUAUAGCUAUUGCCCGCUAUGACUUCUGUGCAAGAGACAUGCGUGAGUUGUCACUACUCAAAGGAGAUGUUGUUAAAAUUUACACUAAGAUUAGUGCCAAUGGCUGGUGGAGAGGUGAAGUGAAUGGAAGGGUGGGUUGGUUUCCAUCGACUUAUGUAGAAGAGGAUGAAUGACUUGCAGAUCAAGUUGGUACUUUUGAUGAUAAACUUCAGGGACAAUGAAACCCAGCCAUCUGCAGCGCAUUAUUCAUCUCCUUAAGUAUUUGAACUGCAGCGCUUCUGUCUGUCGAAACCCUCAAGUCUUAACACUGGGAUUACUGAAGAAGUUUGUGUUGACAGAUUAAUAUCUCACUCAGAGCUGUGCAAAGAAGCAACCUGUCCACAGGCCAUCACUGGGGACCAGUACAAAACUCUAACCUCACCUUCCUGAAAUAUCACUUAAAAACAGACUUGUUUUUCUUUUUUUUAACAAAAGCUUCAUUUCAUUCCAUCUGCAAUGAAUACUAAGCAUAGGUAGCAUUUUACUAACCCCCUUUUCUCCCUCUCACUCCCUCCCUGUUUGGUUGUCCUGUUACCUAACAUUAGGAGCUUUCUCUGUUGUUGCUUACUACUGCCUGGGGGACCGGGGUGUUUGAGCAUUCCAGCAGUCAUGUGGCCAAUAUUAUUUGUCAUGAAAUCCCCAGCAGCACUAAUUAACCUUGCCAAUGACUGCACAUUCACCACGGCUACAAUCUUUUUUUAAAAAAAUUCUGUGGCUAAGCUUAACUCAACAUUAUUUUUGCAUGUCAUUUCUGUGUGUCGAAGUAUGGAUACAGAGGAAUAUAGAGUUUGUUCAAGGAGAAUUUUAACUGGCUUGUCUCAGAAUUUUGCUAAAAGGAUUUGUGAAAGAACCACCUUAAAAAGAUGAAUUGUUGCUGAGCAUAGGAUUGAGUCCUGGGAAAAAAUAUUUACAAUUUAAGGUCUCAGAUAUGGGUUAUUCCUUACAGGACAGUAGGAAUAGGAGAAUGUGUGUUUAGGAGAUGUGCUAUGGUUUCAUCGAUAUAUAGCCUUGAGCAUUAUUUUAUUCAGUUCCCCAGCCAUUUCUAAACUUCUUCUAAUGUGAAAGCUGUGUCCCCUGUUGCCUUUGCAGCUCAGUGGAACCAUUAGUUGCAUAAAGUCAUGUUGUGUAGUUAUUUAAACAAGGUAAUGUCAUUAAAUAAAAAAUGCAAUUCAAAUGACUAAUGUUGCAGAUACAGGCACAUCUAACUGGAAAUGAAGUGUAAUUUUCUCUGGCUUGUAUCACUGAAUGAAGUCAAUUACUCUUUUAAGCACUUCCAAAAAUAAUUUCACCUGCAAUUUUCACUUUCUCAAAGUAUCAGGACAAAUUAGGAAGCACCUUGUAAUCUCUGGGACACUAAGAGACUUUAUAUUCCAUUCCUCAAUUUUUUCAUACUGAACAAUGUUACAGAAUCACAGAAUAUUAGCUUCUUACAAGAGUUUGAACAGCAGUGAAGAAGAGUAUGCAAGCAGCUUGUCGGUCUAAAGCUCACAUCUCACAAAAACAGGAAGGGAAUCUAGCGGGUCUCAGGAACAGUCUUCUAUAGGCAUGUUUGGAUUUGUGAUUCUCUUUGAUUUUAUUGAAAAUAAAAACAUUAAAUUUAUUGAUCACAUCAUUUUGAUAGAAACAGUCGUGGGCAUGUGUAUGUUGUUCUAGGUGCAUAUUUAAUAAAAUGGUCUGUCCUUAAAUGUUAGUCUUAGGGAAGAUUCCAUUGUGGGGUUUUUCUGUAAUGACUACGUUUGUCUGGUAGGCUUGAUAUUAGUGGGCAAAAUUCCUUUGUCAGGACUUAUUGCCUGUUUUUUAUGGGUUGGGUUCGUCUCUAGAUCUGUCAGAUGUAUUGUGCUGUCUCAUCAGUGUUUAAAUGUGAGCAGAACUUCAAAUAACCAUUAAGAAAUGUAGCCUUUCAGCAAAACGUUUUGAUCAAUAGUUUAGAUAACUCAAAGUCACUGUUUGUUAAUUUUUGCAACUCAGGAGCUAAUGGAAGUUGGAGAAGUCAAGCCAUACCUAAUACCUCCCCUCUUCCUAUUGCUAUUCAGGCAUCCUACUUCACCCCUUUCAAAAUGUUGCAUGAAGGUUUGUAACCGUGAGACACUGUUUGUGUUGAACAUCUGUAGUAGAGAAGUAACUUUCAGCAGCUGUUUUCACGGGCUCUAUAUGUACAAUGAUCCCACAUCGCAUCAUCUCCUUCUACAUGUUAAAAAAGUGUUUUUUUCCCUGCUCUAUGGGGCAUAGGAGGAAAUAAAGAGAGUAGUCCAAGGUUGAGCCACCUUUUACUGCCAUGUCAGGGUUAGGCAGGAUCUCUGGGACUAUGAUUGGGAAAUCCAAUCCAAAUCCCCAUGCAUCAGUAGAUCAUUUUCUGGGGAAGGCUCACACUGGGCUCCCUUAUGUGAACUGGAACCCUGCAUGUGGACAGAGAUCUGGGUGAGAACCAUGCUGUGUGUUGUCUUGGUUUCAUGCCUUGUGUUAAGUAAGUUAAAUGCUGCACCAUGUGAUAUUUUAAAUGCCAAAGAUUUAUUACGCCAGAGCCGUUGCUUCUUUCUCCUUGCAAUAUAUUUUCCCCUUUUUCCGUCAGACCUUGUCCUCAAGCAGUGGGCUGAGGCACUACUUUAAUGUGUAAUAUUUUGUAAAUAUGUGAAUAUAUUAAUAAACUGGUCAAUUUCUUGUUUAA